GCUUGAGCAAAAAUGGCAGCUCCUCUAGUCGUGACUCCACCGGCGUUAGAAAGAACGAGCCAGCCAACCCCGCCGGCAAUUUUUUCUCUCUGUCCAACUUGAACUCUCCCCCAAAACCCGGGUCAGCUGGUAGGCACGAUGCGACAACGACAAUUGCGCCCCUUCACCGGCUGAUCACAUCUCCAUCGCAAUGUCUCGAGGUGGCGGCCGUGGUGGCGGCCGCGGCGGUCGCGGCGGGGCCCGGGGCAGCCUUGCCAACGUCGCCUGGGCGAACGACCCCAACAUCAAGGCCGACAUGCGUCCGUCCGAGGUUUUCCCUGAAUACGUUGUCCCCCGCGCCGCGCCGCUCUCUGUCCCCGAAAAGGCCCAGGUCUCGUCGUACCUGCUCUUCCGCGAGCAGAUCCAUUCGGGCCCCUUAUAUACACAGAUUCGCACCUGGAACGCCGAGCCCGACGGCCCGCAGCGGACGUACGGCCAGGAGCAGGUCAACCGGCGGUACGGCGUCAAGAACAAGGCCACCGUCGAUCCGUUCUUCGCCAUGCCCAUGUACUCCAAGAGGCUCGAGCCAAAGGAGCGCCCGUUGCCCGACCUCUCCACGAGGCCAUUCAUGAAGAGCUUCUUCCCAGAAGAGUUGCACGCGACCCUUGAUGGCGACGACACCGCGGCUAGAAGCCGGGGCAAGGGCGCCAAAAAGAAGGUCCUGACAUUGUCCGACGUGCACUCGCUGCGUACCGCCGAGGACAUCUUUGGUCGGAACGAGACAGCGGAGGAGCAGAAGCGACGACUGGAGGCGCUCGAGAAGGGUGAGGCCGGCGAGGACGAAAACGAUAUCCUCGACCCCGACGACGAGGAGAUGAUGGAGGAGGAAAUCGACGACGAGUACGAAGACUCGGAUGAGGGCGACUACAAUGCCGAGGCUUACUUCGACGGCAACGACUACGACGAUUACGAUGAAGGGGACGACGGUGCGGAGGGCAUAUACUAAUCAGCGGUGGGUUUUCUUCGUUUUUGUUUGGGCCGUGCCGCGAGCGCCGGCGGCGGGCGUUUGGCGUAUUUGGGCCAUUGGCCAUAUAUGGUGCCAACUACUUGGCUAGAUAGAUAGCAGCUUGAGCGAUCAGUUCCCUGAUGGAUUUACGGCGGGUAUGCUAUUAGUUUUGGAAGAAAACUACAAGGAAUCGCUGGAUGCCGCAUGUUCAAAAUCCCUCUUGUCUUCGGGCGAUGAGGCAAGUAUCGUAGAGCGUUUUUUUCGUUACCAAUUCCUCCGGCCACCCCGCCCUCUGCCGCCAAACCCGCCCCUGCCACCACCUCC